GUAAGAAACAUGGCGGCAUAUGUCAUUCGUCGAAUUGUUCUGAAUAAGCAGGCGUUCGUUCUAUGUCAUAUUUGUUCUUUCACCAUGAAAACAUGGCGACAUUCUCGUGUUGCUGAUUGAAUUACAUUGAGUUAGCAUUCUUUCAGUAGUGUAUAUUUUGUGAUUCAUGCCAUAGAUUCAUAGAUAAUCAAAGGAAAGUGAUUUUAAACCAAAAUAUAUCUCUAAAUUUUGUAUUCCUUGAAUAUACUCUAAAAAACUACAAAGACAUAAGAGAACAAAUACGCAAUAUCCAUGAAAAAAUGUCAAGUCUGACUGAACAGUUUAAGAAAAUAUGUAGGACUUGUUUAACAGAAAGUACCGCUUCUUCAAAAUCCAUUUUUGCUCUGGAUACUUUAGCUGGAGAAUCUUUGAAACUGGGAGAAAUGAUUAUGGCUUUUGCUUCUGUUCAAAUAUCAUCUGACGAUGGUCUACCAGCCCAAGUGUGUUUUGACUGUGCUGUAGCCAUCAACAAGAGCUUCUUCUUCAAGCAGCUCUGUGAACAAUCAGAAAUAACUCUUAGGGGCCUUUUAGAAGAAUCAUCUUUAACAGAGAGACCCUUAUUAGUCUCUGAUCCUCUGAUAUCAGUCCCAGAAGAUAAAUCAACUCCACAGAUUGUUGUUUUACAAAACAUUGAACUAGGGAAAGUAGUUGAUUUGAACUAUAAACAAGAAGACACAGAACUUGAUAAUUAUGAAGUUUCAGAUGAAAUAUGUGCAGAUGAUAAUAUUGAAGAAGGCUUUGAAUCAAAUGAUGCUAGUCAAGAAUUAAAAAAGAAAUUUGAAAAUGGUGUAGAUCCUAUUGAUAAGAAUGAUAAUGGGCUGUUAAAAGAUGAGACAAACCAAUCAAUCUAUGCCUGUGAAGAAUGUACAAAAUGUUUCACAGAAGAUGAUGAUUUAAAGAUUCACAUGAGAAUUCACAAAAAAACCUACAGCUGCAAAGUAUGUAGUCAGAAAUUCUCAUCUGCCAGUUCGUUGUGCAGACAUACAAAAGUUCAUGACCCGUCAAAGAAACAUGAAUGCAAUGAGUGUGGAAAAAGGUUUUCCAGAUCUGAUGAUUUGAAAAGGCAUCUUAGGACACAUACUGGAGAAAAGCCUUUUCAAUGCAAGUUGUGUGAUAAGGCGUUCUCGCAAUCAUUCAGGUUGUUAGAACAUACAAGAGCGCAUGCUAAUGAAAAAACAUUUGUCUGUUCUAUAUGCGGAAAAGCAUAUUCUAGAUAUACAAGUUUACUGGCUCAUCAUAAAACGCACAGUGGCACAAAAAGUCACCUAUGCAGUGUUUGUGGAGAAAGAUUAUGUGGAGCAGGUUCCUUAGCCCUCCAUAUGAAAAUCCACACAGGUGUGAAGGAUCAUAUUUGUCCAUUUUGUAAUAAAGCAUUCACAACUUCUAGCAAUCUCAAAAUUCACAAGAGAACACAUACAGAAUUUUCGACAAGGGUGAAAGUAUGCUUAUAGGCCUAUCGCAAGGCAGUUGGGGAUUAUCGAUUUUACCAACGGGAAUAACAGUUGCUACUUUCCAUAUAAGUGGUACUACACCAAGUUCCAAAGAAAAGUUUAUAAUAUGAGCGAGCCUUGAGGCAAAAAGCGAACGACCCUAUCUCUGCAAUACUUGCGGUAAAGCAUUCCCAGAUCCGUCUCGUCUGACUGUCCACCAGCGCAUUCACAGUGGCGAAAAACCAUACGUAUGCAACACUUGCGGAAGAGGCUGGGCCAGUUCCAGCCAUUUGAAAAAACACCAGAGAAUACACACUGGCGAGAAGCCUUAUCAAUGCCAGCAGUGCAACAAGGCGUUUUCAAGGAGUGAUGAUCUCAAGAAUCACAUAAAGACUCAUUCUCGAGAAAAGGAUUAUUUGUGUUUAUACUGCUGCAAAAGAUUCUACAAAGCUGCUGCAUUAAGAAUCCAUACCAGAAUUCACACAGGCGAAAAACCCUACAAAUGCAAUAUCUGCGAAAAAACGUUUUCACAGACAGGUUCGCUUUCAGCACAUAUGAAGACACAUUGUUGACAAUCUUUGGUCAUGGAAGAAAAAUUUGUGAAAGAUGAAAUGUGCCAAAUUUCAAGGAUAUUUUCAAACGACAAGCAGGACUUUGUUUAUACGAUUAUUAUUGAGCUCAAAGAUUGCCAGGCUUGGUCUGGCAGAUUAUCAGACAGAUUUUUUCAAAUAUAAAUUAAACAUAUUUUAUAUUUUUAUUUAUUCUUUAUGAAAUGAAACACAUUUUAUAAAGCAACAACUUUCAACAUAUUCAGGAUGUGACAGUCAUUAUAGGACAGGUAUAUAGGAAUUGUUUUUUAUAUUUAAAGUUCAUUGAAAUUAAAGCAAAAAAAUGCGUCUCCU